CUGUGCUGCGCUGCGCUCGGCCGCGUUCCCGGGCUGGGCUGGGCCGGGCCGGGCCGGGCCGGGCGCCGCCGCCGCCCGCUCGCCGGGAUGGCGGUGGAGGAGGAGGGUCUGCGCGUCUUCCAGAGCGUCAAGAUCAAGAUCGGUGAAGCCAAGAAUCUGCCCACAUACCCUGGGCCCGGCAAGCUGCGAGACUGCUACUGCACUGUGAACCUGGACCAGGAGGAGGUCUUCAGAACCAAGGUGGUGGAGAAGUCCCUGAGUCCCUUCUACGGCGAGGAUUUCUACUGCGAGAUUCCACGAAGCUUCCGCCACCUGGCCUUCUACAUCUUCGACAGGGAUGUCUUCCGACGGGACUCCAUCAUCGGAAAAGUGGCCAUCCAGAAGGAAGACUUGCAGAAGUACCACAACAGGGACACCUGGUUCCAGCUGCAGCACGUGGACGCUGACUCCGAGGUGCAGGGGAAAGUCCACCUGGAGCUACGUCUCAGUGAGGUCAUCACUGACACAGGUGUCGUCUGCCACAAGCUAGCUGCACGCAUCCUGGAGUGCCAGGGCCUCCCCAUUGUGAAUGGGCAGUGUGACCCCUAUGCCACCGUGACACUGGCAGGGCCUUACAGGUCAGAGGCCAAGAAGACCAAGGUGAAGAAGGAAACCAACAACCCGCAGUUUGAUGAAGUGUUUUAUUUUGAGGUCACCAGGCCCUGCAGCUAUAGCCGCAAGUCACACUUCGACUUUGAGGAAGAGGAUGUGGACAAGCUUGAAAUCCGGGUCGACCUCUGGAAUGCCAGCAACUUGAAAUUCGGAGACGAGUUCUUGGGAGAGCUCAGGAUUCCCCUGAAGGUUCUGCGCCAGUCCAGCACAUAUGAAGCCUGGUACUUCCUGCAGCCCCGAGACAGCGGCAGUAAAAACCUCAAGCCCGGUGAUCUGGGCUCUCUGCGCCUGAACGUGGUCUACACAGAAGACCACGUCUUUGCCUCGGACCACUACCAACCCCUGCGGGACCUGCUGCUCAAGUCUGCAGACGUGGAGCCUGUCUCAGCGUCGGCCGCACACGUCCUGGGCGAGGUCUGUUCAGGGAAGCAGGAGGCUGCAGUCCCUCUGGUGCGGCUCUUUCUCCACUAUGGCCGGAUCGUGCCCUUCAUCAGUGCUAUCGCCAAUGCUGAGAUUAGGCGCACCCAGGACCCCAACACCAUUUUCCGAGGAAACUCGCUGACGUCUAAGUGCAUCGAUGAGACCAUGAAGCUGGCGGGGAUGAACUACUUGCACGUCACCCUGAAGCCCACCAUUGACGAGAUCCUUCAGAGCCACAAGCCCUGUGAGAUUGACCCCGUGAAGCUGCGAGAUGGCGAGAGCCUUGAAAGCAACAUGGAGAACCUGCGGCAGUAUGUGGACCGGGUCUUCGGCGCCAUCACUAAGUCAGGUGUCAGCUGUCCCACGGUUAUGUGUGACAUUUUCUUUUCUCUUCGUGAGGCAGCUGCCAAGCGCUUCCAAGAUGACCUGGAUGUGAAGUACACGGCUGUGAGCAGCUUCAUCUUCCUGCGGUUCUUUGCACCUGCCAUCCUCUCCCCGAAUCUCUUCCAGCUCACACCCCAUCACACGGACCCACAGGUGUCGAGGACCCUGACACUCGUCUCCAAGACCAUCCAGACCCUGGGCAGCCUGUCCAAGGGCAAGGCCGCCAGCUUCAAGGAAUCAUACAUGGCUGCGUUCUACGACUUCUUCAACGAGCAGAAGUAUGCCGAUGCCGUCAGGAAUUUCUUAGACUUGAUCUCAUCAUCUGGGAGGAGGGACCCCAAGAGUGUGGAGCAGCCCAUCCUGCUCAAGGAAGGGUUCAUGAUCAAGAGGGCACAAGGACGAAAGCGCUUUGGCAUGAAGAAUUUUAAGAGGCGAUGGUUCCGCCUGACGAACCAUGAAUUUACCUACCAGAAAAGCAAAGGAGACUCACCGCUGUACAGCAUCCCCAUUGAGAACAUCCUGGCUGUGGAGAAGCUUGAGGAGGAAUCCUUCAAGAUGAAAAAUAUGUUCCAGGUUGUCCAGCCCGAGCGGGCCCUAUAUAUCCAGGCCAACAACUGCGUGGAGGCCAAGGCCUGGACUGACGUCCUCACCAAGGUGAGCCAGCGCAACCAGCGGCGCCUCACUGUCUACCACCCGUCCGCCUACCUCAAUGGCCACUGGCUCUGCUGUAAGGCCUCCUCCGACGUGGCCACUGGCUGCACCCCCUGCACUGGCGGCCUCCCAGCAAACAUCCAGCUGGACAUUGACGGGGACCGAGAGACGGAGCGGAUUUACUCCCUGUUCAAUUCGUACCGGAGCAAACUGGAGAAGAUGCAAGAGGCCUGUGGGAGCAGGUCAGUGUACGACGGACCCGAGCAGGAAGAAUACUCCUCCUUCCUCAUCGACGACCCCCAGGAGACCUACAAGACACUGAGGCAGAUCCUGGCUGGGGUCACCACCCUGGAGCAGGAGCAUGCCCAGUACAGGAGGGACAAGUUCAAGAAGACCAAGUAUGGCAGCCAGGAGCACCCUAUUGGAGACAAGAGUUUCCAGAGCUACAUCUGUCAGCAGUCGGAGACAUCCACCCAUUCCAUCUGAGCCCGAGUCAUGGGACAAGGCAGAUCUGGGGCCAACGGCAGUCCACGGUGUGGAGCAUUGGGCCCACGGUGGGUGGGUGGGAUUUUUGAGCACAUACUUGAUGUCAUAUGGUUCGGUUUGCUGGUCUCUGGUCAUUCCGGACCCCGCUGGCCUUGUUCCUGUCUGGAAGGGCCAUCUGAAAAGACUCAGCGGUGCAGCAAAGCUACGGGGGUCACGCUCCCAUUCGGGAAUCCAGGGUCCAGUCUUCUCUCCCGCCGGCCAGUCAUCCCUGCCCACUCUGAGCUGUGCCCAGGCUCUGAGCAGCAGGUGGGGGCCAUGCAGUCCCCACAUGGAGCCCACACUGUGGGGCUGGCGACACACACUUCACUUCACGUUCUCUUCAAGCUCUUUUCUUAACGUUUUUAAAGGACUUUUUACAACUCGCUUUGAUACUGAGUCACUCAAAACACGUAGGUCUGUGCAAAAGAUGCCAUGGCGGCCACCACUGGGCUGGAGUCAGAGGGAAGCAAACUCCAAGGGGAGGCUCCCGUUCGGCCUGGAAUGGCCGUGGGGAGGCGAGCUCUGAGCACAAGCUUCGGGAAGGCUCGUUGCAGGCUCCUGCUCUCCUUGAAAAACACCUCAUCACGCGAAGACGAUUGAUUGUACAAGAGGCUCGAGCAAAGAAAAUCUGGAAAGGAAAUCAUAGCUGUUUGGCUACAGGGAACUAAAACUUUUUAUGUGGAUUUGUAACUGAAUGUUUCUGCUACAAGAUACUAAUGGCUUGUGAUGUAUUUUACUGGCCAAUUAAACAGACAUUGUAUUCUUUCUGAA